UCAUCCAAAUGUUUUUUUUUUUCCCCAAGAUUAACAACCUUAAAAAAUGCCUUGAGAUUAUUUUUCAUUCAAGUAAUCACACAUGAACAGUGGGACUUUGCUCACCCCUAGAAAGAUUUCUUGUGACCAUGGAUUUUCUCUAGUUCUUGCAGCACAAGCAUGAGGCCGUCAUCAUCCUCCCGGAGAUUGCGACGGCAGCACACGCCUGCUCCAGGGAAAACAAAUAUAAGGGCAGCUUUCGAUGCCUAACUAUCCAAAAUUUGAGGCUACCUCUUCCAUAUAUAAGUAUUGAAACCUCCUCCUCUCAAGAGUUUAAGCCUCUUCUACCUCUCCCACUCCCAGCGAGAAGCCUUGAGCGAGUCCUCCCAGCACUGCAACUCAAAACUCCCUCUGCCACUCUCUCCUCUUGCAAUCUAUAUUUCUCUACCAUCUAUCUAGCUUUCUUUUAGCAGUACAUAGAGAGAUAAAGAUGGGAUUGAGGGACAUAGAGUCCACACUGCCACCAGGGUUCAGGUUCUACCCAAGUGAUGAGGAGCUUGUUUGCCACUAUCUCUACAAGAAGGUGAGUAAUGAGAGGAUCUCUGAGGGAACAUUGGUGGAGGUGGAUUUGCAUACUCACGAGCCGUGGGAGCUUCCUGAUGUGGCCAAGCUCAGUGCCAACGAGUGGUAUUUCUUCAGCUUCCGGGACCGCAAGUAUGCCACUGGCUCGCGCACCAACCGCGCAACCAAGACUGGAUAUUGGAAGGCCACUGGAAAAGAUCGGACCAUCCAUGAUCCUUCCUCACGUGCGAUCGUUGGCAUGAGGAAGACAUUAGUUUUUUACCAAGGGAGAGCUCCAAAUGGGGUAAAGAGUGGUUGGGUCAUGCAUGAGUUCCGAUUGGAGACCCCAAAAUCAACCCCUAAGGAGAGCUGGGUGCUGUGCAGGGUCUUUCACAAAAGGAAAGGGGAGACAGAGCAGGACAACAUUGGCUCCUUUUCUCCCACUUGGGGCCCAUCCUCUUCUCAGGUGGACCAGACCAGCUCAUCACUCCCCGCUGUCCCUCACCAACAUGACAGCAGCUCAAACCCCCUCCUCAAUUUAGCACUGCUGCAUUGCAACUUGCUUGACUUCCCACAGGAGGUGGGGAUGAGCUCAAGGGGAGGGGAUGAGUAUGGGUUCUUGUUGGAUAUGGGGCUUGAGGACCAUGACAUGAGGGAGGGGGGAUGGUAGAAGGUGCGAGAUUUCCAAAGCGCGGCCAGGAUAAGCUAUACUUUUUAGAGGCUUUGGAUUGGAUUGGAUUGGGGAGAUUGAUGUUGGUGGAUGCAUGCUUCCAAACUUGGCAUUUCAUGUUGAUUUGGACUUUAGGAGAGUGAUUGAGGUGGUAUGUAUAUGUACGUACACUUGUUACCUAGUUGCUGAUGAUGGACGCAGUCAUGUUGUUAUUUGUAAAUAUCACAUCUG